AUGGAUAAACCGAACUUAGAGACCGAUGGCUUUACUUGGGUUUCUGGUAGACAUACUAUAGAUCAAGACUUUGGGUAUCAACAGGUCCAAAAUAGAUAUAAAGCUGAUUUAGAAGACGAUUCUAUUCGAAUUGUGAAAGAUUUGACAGGAUCAAAAUUGGCAAUCUCAUUCGCAAGUGUUUAUAGGGAUCAAUAUUCAAGUGGAUCUAGAAGAACUAUUCCUGCUAUUCACUCAGAUCUGUCAUCAGAAGGAGUUAAAUUUUCUGAAAGAGAACUUCAAAAGAAAUUAUUGGAAUCAAAAGACCCUGAUCAGCUCGAAUUCGGAAAGAAAUUGAAAAAAGGUAACGAUGUAGCUAUCUAUAAAGUUUGGAGGCCACUUUUACCAGUUCAAGAUAAUCAUUUUGGGAUUUCUAAAUGGGAUUCAAUUUUAGAAGAAGAUGCUAUAGAGUUAGAUCAAAAAAUCAAACCAACAAAUCCUUCCAACUCAUUUCAAGCAUGGAAAUAUAGAGAAGGUCAAAGCUGGUACUUUGUGCCUCAUCAAGCACCUGAUGAGGCUUUUGUAUUCAAGAUCAAUGUCCCUCAUGCUUCGUUUACUUUGGAAGGAGAGCAUGGCAAACAACCCACUAUGAUUAGUUUUGAGACAAGAAUUAUGACGAUUGUUGAUUCGCCAUCAAAAGAAGGAAUGAUUUCAAAAUUCGAUAGAAAAUUCAAAUCACUUGUUAAUCAAUUCAACUGGAAUACUUGA